AUGUCAAACUAUCUGCACCUGUUGUCUAUGACACCCGUAGCGGCAGCCGUUGCUGCAAUAGGAACUGGCUUGGUUUGGCACGCCGUCUAUAAUCGACAUGAGCCGACUAUACGAAGCUUCACCCUCGAUUUCCUGCGGACAAUGGGAGUCUUCGCCGGAAUUGCGUUCCUAGGUUCUCAAAACCCCAAGUCAACUAUGAUAGCGGUGAUCACUUUUCCAUUGGUUGAACUUUCCGCGUUGGGACUCAGUAUUUCCGUAUAUCGCCUUUUCUUCCACCCUCUAAGGCAAUUCCCUGGACCGUAUUCUGCGAAACUAACGAAAUGGACUGGCGCUUAUUGGGCCUCGACCGGCAAGCUUCAUGAGAUUAUCCCAGCGCUUCAUGAAAAAUAUGGUGACAUUGUCCGAAUUGGGCCUAACGAGCUAUCUUUUGGAGAUGCAAAUUCGAUCAAAUACUUACAUGGACCCCAAGGCUCCAGGCUCCCGAAGGGUCCAUAUCAUGACGGGUCUGUGUACGGUUCUUCAGGGGUUGCCAUGCCAAAUAGCCGUGAUUGGUACGACCACAAGGUCCGCCGACGUAUGUGGGACCACGGAUUCACCCAAAACCAGCUUAAGUCUUAUGAACCACGUGUUAUAGCUCUUUUGGAAGUUCUCUGUGCUCGACUAAAAGAGUUCGACGGGCAAGUUAUCGAUCUUAGAUGCUGGCUCGACUACGUCACUUUUGACGUGAUGGGUGACUUGGCCUUCAGCAAGUCGUUUGGCCUCCUAAAUGAUGAUGGCCCGCGCUACUAUUCAAAAGCCAUUAGAAGUGGCCUCCGGCUUCGAAACAUCAUCUCGAACGUGCCUUGGAUGUCUCCCGUCGCUUAUCUACUGCCAAUGAACAAAGACUUCAAGGAAUAUGCGGGGCGAUUCAAAGCGCUAUCAAAGCAGUCCUAUAAGGAGAGACGAGCCAAAGGUACAGUGCCAAAUGACAUUUUCACACAUAUCUUGGCUGGGAACAAGGACGGGGUGAAGACCAAAGAAAGAGAUGUCGAAGCAGACGCCCCUAUUUUAAUUAUAGCUGGAAGUGAUACUAGCUCAAUUACUUCAACAUUUACCUUUUACUUUAUUGCUCGAGACAAAAUUGUUUAUUCGAGACUCCGGAAUGAAGUCGAUCAUGCUUUGAAAGAAAAGCCCAUCGCUUCAGAGUUACUGAAUAAGUGCCCAUAUUUAAACGGGGCCAUCUACGAGGCGCUCCGUAUCUGGCCUCCUGGUCCCAACCAUCAACAACGUCGUACUCUAGAUGGUGCUUGGCAUGACGUGGAUGGGGUUGCAAUUCCUCCUCAAACACAGGUUGCCACACAUGUCUUAACGGUUCAACGAAGCCCGAAGAACUUCACUAAGCCGCUAGAGUUUGUUCCAGAGCGAUGGGAUGACACUCAGCGCGAUCCAACCUGGAACCACAACCCUCAAGCGUGGAUCCCCUUUCAAACAGGAGCCUACGCCUGUGCAGGAAAGCAACUUGCGUUGAACGAGUUGCGACUUCUCGUUGCAAUGAUUGUACACAAUUUCGAUGUCAUUCUACAGAACGACUUUGAUCACGAAGCAUUCGAGAGCAGCAUCCAGAGUUUCCAAUCGUUAGUCAUGGGCCCUCUUCCUGUGCUCAUCAAAUCGAGGGUCGCAGAUGGGGAAAACGAAUAA